AUGAGCAAGCGGUCGAAGGAAAAGGAAUCAGCCGAUAGAGCUAAGAAACAUCCCAUUUCCUGGUCACUUCCCGAUUUUGAUUCUAAAGAUCGAAUUUCCACAUUAGAACAAGAAAUGGCUCGUAUGAAAAAGAAGGAGGUGAAUGCGGUCCAAUUCGCGGUGUGUGAAGAUUGUGGGGAUAUUGGCUAUUGGACCGAUCAAUGUCCAAUGGGGUCGGGUGAGUACACCGAGGAAGUAAAUCAAGUGUUCGGGGAUAGAAAGAAUAAUGACAUGAAUUCGAACACUUACCAUCCCAGAUUGAGAAACUAUCCCAACUUCCGAUAUGGGAAUGCCGCGAAUCAAAUGAACCCAAACUUUCAACCGGGGUACCAAGGUCAGGACAACAAUUACCAAGGUGGGUACCAAAGGAAUCACAACAAUCAAGGCGGUAAUGGAAGCGGGUUGAACAAUCAAACCGGUGGUGAUGACUUGAGUGCCAAAAUGGAUGCUUUGUUAAAUAUACAAAAAGAAUCUCACAAUGAAAUUAAGGAGAUAAAGAAAACAAAUGAGAUUCGGGACAAAGCACAUGAGGCAUUAGCAAAGCAAGUGGGCCAACUUGCGGAGGAAAUGGCUCAAAUGAGGGGAAGCAUGGGAAAGCUUCCAAGUGACACUACAGUGAACCCGAAGCAUCAAGGUUUUAGCACAAGCAACGUGAGGAAUGCACGCGUUAGCGUGGUAGGUAUUCUUUUAAAUGAUGAAGUUCGUAGUGUUAAAAGCAUUCCACCACCACAAUUCAUUGAUGGUGUAGUGGAAAAUAUAAGUGAGGAGCCGGAAAGUGAAAAUAAACACGAAACGAUUUCACAAAGUAAAAGUGAAAACGAGUUAAGCAUCGAAAAACGGCACAACAAAUUACCCAACCCGGUUGAUUUGAUAUCUCAUGUGAGUGUCGUUUUAUCGAGUGCCCUUCUCCCAAAAGCUCAAGAUCCGGGAGAUCCUCUUAUUCCAAUUCAAAUUGGAACAUUUAAAAUUGAGAGGGCGCUCCUAGAUCUUGGAGCUUGUGUGAGCAUCUUGCCCGGGAGUUUGUAUGACCAAUAUGAUUUUGGUCCAUUAAAAAAAUUUGAUUCUCCCGUGGUAUUGGCCGAUCAGACUCCCACGCAUCCAAGGGGGAUGGUGGAGGAUGUGAUUGUUAAGGUGGAUGAUUGCUACUACCCAAUUGACUUUUUGGUAGUAGACUAUGUUGGGUGUCUUGGGGACACCCAACCGAUAGUCAUACUGGGUAGACCGUUCCUAGCAACUGCUAAUGCCAUAAUAAAUUGUGCAACGGGAACGGUAAGCAUGAAGUUUGGGGACCGGGAAUUAAAUUUAAAUGUUUUUCCAAAAUUUACUAACCCACUUGGUGAGGAUAAGUGUCCUAAAAAGGACAUGAAUCCAAACAAAAAGGUUUGUGCUAUGGUUGGUAGGUUUGGAGAAACAAAGAAGAAGACGGUCAAGAAGAAGAAAGCAAAGAAGUCACCUCUUGAAAAGAAAAAGGAAGAGGAGGUGAGGAAGUUUGGACCGUUUGGCAACAAAUGGUAUGAAUCACCGGUGGGUGAUUUUGAGGAGCUCGUGGACGGCAAGCAUGCCAUUCGACCACCAUGA